AUGGCCCAGCACCCAGAAUCCAAGCCAGUAGUAUACUAUGUACUAGUUAAGUCUGGGAAUGAGACUUCUAAUAUGGCAUUGCUUCUGCAGGAGUGUGUGUUCUUGGGUCCAGUCAAUGAGUUUACCAGCACAUAUGGGGACGUACCCUUUCCUGAUGCCCAGCAGAUAAGCCUAGCAAACUUCGGUGUGAUUGAAGAAGCCAGUUGGAGUCUGAGCCUCGUCCAGGCAAGCUGCUGGGACCUGCUGCUCUCAACAAACCUUGACGCAAUGGUGUUCGCAUUUUGGAAGGUCCUUCUGAUCCUAAACUGCCUUGUAGGUCAGGUCAAUGUGGUGCAAGUGACCAUCCCAGAUACUUUUGUCAAUGCAACUGUUGGAUCUGAUGUCACUCUCAUCUGCCUGUACACCACCUCUGCGACCUCCUUAGACAAGCUUUCCAUCCAGUGGUCUGUCACCCAUCAGAAGGAGUUGGAGCCAAUUUCUGUCUACUAUUUUGAAAGUGGACAAGGCACAGGCAUCGGGGACUUUAAAGAUCGUGUUAUAGCAUCCCAUAAUCCAGGUAAUGCGUCCAUCACUAUUUCGCACGUGCAGCCAGCAGACAGUGGAGUUUACAUCUGCGAUGUUAACAACCCCCCAGACUUUGAAGGCAAAAAUCAAGGCACUCUCAACGUCAAUGUGUUAGUCAAACCUUCUAAGCCCCUUUGUAGCAUUCAAGGAAGACCAGAACUCGGUCAUGCCAUCGCUCUCUCCUGCCUCUCUGCACAUGGAAUGCCUACCCCUGUGUACUACUGGUAUAAAAUACAAAGAAACAAUAUCAUACCCAUGAAAUCAAACCCAACCACUGGGACUUUGGUUAUUGGAAAUGUAACAAAUUUUGAACAAGGUUAUUACCAGUGUACUGCUAUCAACAGCCUUGGCAACAGUUCCUGUGAAAUUGAUCUAACUACUUCACAUCAAGAAAUUGCAAUCAUUAUCGGGGCCGUGGUAGGAACCGUGGGAGGUGCUGCCAUUAUCUUCUGUAUUGUGUGCUUGGCAAGGAAGAAGACCAAGGCAAAUGAAAGGAAGAGAACUUCUAAAGCCACUACUGAACUUGAACCAAUGACAACGAAAAACCAAGGUACAGAGGGUGAAGCAAUGCCAAGAGAAAACAUCAUCCAAUUAGAAGCAGCAGCUCUACCACCUACAACUGUCACCAUCCUGGGACCAGACCAGCACGCACACAUCGCAGAGAUGGCCUCAGGAUUAGAGCCAUUUACUAUCACUGAGCUUGAUCUCGACCUGGAUCUAGAGCCAGAUCUGGAUCUGGAAAUGGAGUCAGAGCCAGAUCCUGGGAUUAUAGUUGAGCAUUUCUGUGAUGACGAAAAUUUGAGGGGUUAAGGCAUAGGCCGGUGGCCCCAAUCCAGCAUCAUCACGAAGGAACCCAUUACUGGCAUUUACAAUUCUGUUGAACUAACCAGCCCCCUCUUCUGCCUGACAUGUUGAUCAACCCUCCUCUAACACAGUGCUCAUUACUAUCGCAAAUCCUGAAUCAACAUGGCAAGGUAACUAACUAC